AUGGCCGUGCGGUCUCGAAGUGUCUUGAUGGUUUGUUUACACUCGCUUCUUGUUGCUCAGGACGUUGCUCGGGACAUAUUUCCACCCCGAGAUCUGACUAUCCGCACUCUUCAAAAUCACAUGCGAAAAGCACUAAACUACCUUCUGGGUUCUGGAAUAGCCCCGUUCUUCCCUGUCUCCUCGGAGCCUGCGGGAAUCUACCUGCCUCUCCACAUCUUCCUGUUCCUUUGCAAACUGCCCUUCUUCAUCACCGUAUCCGUUGCAUACUUCGCCGUCUUGCAAUGGUUCCCCCUUGGGUCGCUGAUUAAGAAGGCUAUCCUGUGGAUGAUACUCGGGAUACCAGGUGUAUGGUGGAUUGAUCUCCAGAUUGAUGGAGUGAAGAAGGGUUCGUUGGCAAAGAAACGCGAGGGACGAGUACCUCAACCUCCAGAUAUCAUCGCAUCCUCCUUUACAUCGCCGAUCGACUCCCUAUACCUCGCGGCCAUAUUUGAUCCCAUCUUUACAGCUUCGUAUCCACACACGCGCCAGGUGGAACAACUCUCCCUCUUGGGUGCAAUCUUCCGCGCUCUCUCGAAGCCAAAAGAAUAUCCACCGAAAGGGGCAAAGUUGACGGAUCUGAGGGUUUUGGUUAGAGAACACCCAAACCGAGUGAUUGUGGUUUUCCCGGAGUGUACGACAACCAAUGGAAAAGGGAUACUUCCAUUUAGCCCAAGUCUCUUGACUGUGCCGCCGGAAACAAAGAUCUUCCCCAUCAGUCUCCGAUAUACACCUUCGGACAUCACCACGCCAGUUCCGGGGCAGUAUUGGACCUUCGUGUGGAAUCUUCUGUCCCACCCAACGCACUGUAUUCGAGUGCGUAUUGCGGGGGCUGUCUACAACACUUCGAAGCCAUUGGAAACCGCGGAGAAGAAGGACAGGUUUUUAACAAAUGUUUUAGACAACUUAGCAGAAGAUUCAGCCAUGGCGAGCAGCACAGAUUCAUUGGUCAGCUCUAGCGACCCAGGGGAGAUAAGUGCUGAAGAAAGAAAAGUAUUAGACACAGUCGGCGAGGCCUUAGCACGUUUGGGGCGGGUCAAGAGAGUGGGAUUGACCGUAAGGGAUAAGGCAGAUUUUAUAGAAGCAUGGUCGAAGAGGAGGAGAUAGAUGUUUCGCGAGAGUCGAUAUAAUUUGCGGCAAUGGUAUAACGAGAUAGACUUGACAUUAAAUAUUCAAGUCAAAUCUCAUUUCAGUUCACGACCUGUUGAUGGUCGGUCAAGGAAGUCUUAUAGGCUCCUUCGAUUAUUGCCACUGUCUAUCAGUCAGCCACCACCGUCCCGCAGAUCUCAUACGCGCCGAGUCUGCGGAUGAACAGGGCUUCCCAACUCCAAAUACCAGAUCUCAUAGAUUCUGAUUAGCUCGGGAGAUAUAGAUAUCAAAUUAUACAAUGUAUAUCCGUAGAAGC